AUGAUUAUCUACAAGGAUAUCAUCACCGGUGAUGAAAUCAUCUCCGACACCUUCAAGAUCAUCGAAGAUGGCCCCGUCCUCUGGACCGCUGACUGCCGCAAAUACCUGAAAGGCUCCGAGAACUUCGAGCUCGAGGGUGCCAACCCUUCCGCCGAAGGUGGUGAUGACGAGGAAGGUGGUGAGGGUUCCCAGGUCAUGGUCCACGACAUCGAGGACCAGUUCCGUCUUGUCUGGCUCAAGACCGAGGAAGGAAUGAAGCCUUCCAAGGAUGCGUUCAAGUCGCACUUGAAAUCCUAUGUCAAAGCCGUCAACAACAAACUCAAGGAAAAGGGCGCUUCCGAAGAAACCAUCAAGGAAUUCCAGUCCGGUGCCGCCGCCGCCGUCAAGAAGAUCCUUGGCAACUACGACAACUACGAUAUCCUCAUGAACCAGUCUAUGGACCCCAAUGGUAUGCACGUGCUCAUUGAUUUCCGUGAGGAUGGUGUUACUCCUUAUGCUACUGUUUGGAAGCAUGGUCUUGAGGAGAUGAAGGUGUAA